AUGGCGGGCCUUGACUGGUUCAACGGUGCAAAUGCUGCCAUGAUGUCUGACCCCAUGAAUGGGCCGUUUGGCGUUUCCAACAACUUCCAAACCAACACCACGGCCCAGCUCACACAGCAGCUCAAUGCUUUGCACCUCCAAAACCAACAAAAUGAGCAAAUUGUCAUGCAGCAAAACAAACUCCUUGCCCAGCUCCAAGCGGCUCAGGAAAUGCGUGCAAAGGCUGAGCUGGAGGCGUCUGCUGCACUCCUCCAGCAACAGCAGCUCUCUUCCCACAACGAGUUGCCGUCGAACCCUCGGCAUGGAAUGAACAAGCGCCAGGGGAUGGACUUUUCCCAUCUCGCGAACAGCUCGCCCAGCAACCGUUACAGUGGCUCGUCGCUCGGCGUCUCUUUGGGCUCCGCGCAUGACUCGGACCAACGCCGUUCCAAGCAGCUGCCGCCCGACGUGUCCAAGGCGAUGUCUGCCAUGAACGCGCUGCGGCAGCAGCAUGCGGGCGACCAGUCGUACGAUGGAAGUGACAGCUCCUUCUCGCGUAGCCCGCGGCCCAACUCGUACGGCGGUCGCGACAGGAACCGUGAGAGUGGAAACAUGGCCCAGGGAGGCAUGCGCAGCGAAUCCCGACGCACCUCGACUGUACAGCGGAACGAAAAGCAGUAUGGCAUGGAUACCCCCGAGCGCCAUCGCGCUGUUACGCCCUCCAUUGUGAUCGAAUCAGCUUCUCAAAUUCCUUCCCUGCCCCACCCCCCCCUUCCUGCAGAUGUAAAUGCGGUGGGCAUGCGCAUCGGACAGCGUACGAUGCCCGUCGUGGACUCGCCGGGAGGCAACGCUCAUUCACGCCAACCGGAUACCCACCACGGGGGCGAAAAUCUGCCGAGCACGCCCAACAACCGCCAGGACAAGCGCCAGUCCUACAAUGACCUCGGCGCGGGCAAGCCCUCGAGCCGUCCAAGCGACGGUGGGCCGCGCCCGGGAGGUUCGCCCCAGCCGCCGCACGCGGCGCUCAUUCAGCCGCGGCGCCAGCCGCGUGGUCCGCCUAUGGAAUCAUUCUUUGCAAACAAUUUCCUUGCCCGCCGCUCGCUCCGUACGCGCCGCGAGGCCAUGUCUAAACUGUGUUCCAGUCCCAGGGCUGCGAGUUUCAGUGGGCCGAAAUCUACCAGUCCCCAGGCGGUUUCGUCGCCCUUGGCUCGCCAGGCAUAA